CAUAACACUAACGCAAGAGUAAUUCAGUAAAGACCGUUUUUUUUUUUUAACCGCUUUAGUGUGUUGCAAUGAACGAAUCGGUGGCCAAAAGGACCCAGGAGAGUUUGGGGAAAGUGAUUAAAAAGCCUCCACUUACAGAAAAACUGCUCAGCAAACCGCCGUUCCGAUACCUGCACGAUAUAUUCAGUGAGGUUAUUCGUACCACAGGCUUUAUGAAAGGACUUUAUGCAGAGUCAGAGAUGAAGUCAGAUAAUGUGAAGGAUAAAGACUCAAAAAUAGCGUUUCUUCAAAAGGCCAUCGAUGUGGUGAUGCUGGUCAGCGGAGAGCCCUUGUCUGUUAAACCUGCUCGGAUCGUAGCUGGACACGAACCAGAGAAGACCAACGAGCUGCUGCACGCCAUUGCUAAGUGCUGCCUCAACAAGCUCUCCAGUGACGAGGCUGUUAGGCGGGUGUUAUCAGGAGAAAAAUUGGACCUGAAGGGGAAGCCCAGCACCUCCAGAUCACAGGACAAGGAGAACCGCGAGGGCAGGGAGCGCCACAGAGACAGAGAGGAGAGGAAGGGCAUCAAGGAGAGCAGUGGGAGCCGAGAGCAAAAAGAUCCAGAUCGAUCCAAAGAUCAGGAGAGCAGGAGGGAUGACAAGGACAGACGGCGAGAUGCCGAGAGGACUGACAAGGGACGUGAAAGAGACAGGACAAAAGACAGAGACAUGGACAAGAGCCGUGACCGGGAGAAAGACAAGACCCGAGAGAAGGACCGUGAGAAAGAGAAGGAGCGCAACAGGGAUAAGGAGAGAGAGAGAGAUAAAGAGAGGGAGAAGAAAAGAGAACGAGAACCGCAUAAAGACAGAGAGAGAGAACGAGACAAGGAGAAAGACCGCGAGCGAGAGAAACGACGGGAGAGAGAAAAAGAAAAAGAACGACACAAAGAGACGGAGGAGAAGCUGAAGGACAGAGCCGAUAAAAAGGUCAGGGCGGCUGAGGAGACCAGCAAGCCAAAGCCUCUCCCAGAAGAUGCGAGUAAAACCCAUGAAGCUCAUGCAGAAGAGGCUGAGGGCGGUGAACUGGAGCCUACAGAUCUCUCUGAAAUGCAGGCUGAGAGUCCUUCCCGGAUACCAAGGCCCUCAUCAGCUAAAGGACAGCGAUGGUGGCCCAAAACAGGUGGUCAUGAUGAGUCUGACAGUGAAGGAGAAGGGGAUGCUCCAUCAGAAAAAACUGUUCCCGUUGAAAAUGGCGAUGCAACAGACACUGUGCCAUCUCGUACCACCCAGAGAAGAUUAGUGCGACCCAGCAGCGCUCGACCGGCGGCCCCCCGCGUGAAGAGACAAGAGAGCUACGCUGAUGUGACCCCAGCGGAGAGGCUGGGCAGUGGUAAGCCCCCUGCAGUGGUCAUUAUGGACAGUAAGAAGCUCUCUGAAGAUGAGGAUGAUGAAGAUGGGCAGUUUGUAGUGGAGGAAGCAGCUCCGCCUCCCGCUGCCAUACCUGAAAUCGAGCAUAAUUCACUUGAACUGCAAGGGGAAGACAAACACGGUGGACUUGUGAAAAAAAUCCUUGAAACAAAAAAAGACUAUGAAUCAUCUCCUUCUCCAAAGUCAAAGGAUCAGGAUCAGAUGCUGGUGUCAGAGUUGUCUCGUAAGAAAGAACGUGAACUGGUGGCGAAGGAGAUCGAGCGUCUGCGUUCAUCUAUACAGACGGUGUGCCGCAGCGCUCUGCCCCUGGGCAAGAUCAUGGACUACAUUCAGGAGGACAUGGACUCGAUGCAGAACGAACUACAGACCUGGCACAAAGAGAACAAAGAGAACACACAGGCUCUGCUACAGGAACAAAGAAUCACAGACAGCGUAGUGGAACCCCUGAAGGCCGAGCUCGCUGAACUGGAGCAGUUAAUCAAAGACCAGCAGGACAAGAUCUGCACGGUCAAGUCCAACAUCCUGAAGAAUGAAGAGAAGAUUCAGAAGAUGUUGUCCAGCAUCAGCUUCUCCUCACUGACGUGAACAUAUCAACACACCCCAUAUGAAAGCCGAAGCAAUGAGCAGUGGGUGACAUUAGGCCAGAUGUCUUGUUUGUACUCUGUGAGCAGGCACCGGAAAAUGUUCAGGUGCAGGUAGAUUCAGGAGUCACCCUCCUUUAUCCCCCUCCGUGUAAGGUGCCUUCUGUAAGACCCAUGGUCUGUUUUCGAUGGUUCACUGCGAUUCUCAACCGUUUCUCGGAGGGACAGACACACCUGCACUACUGCAGUAGAUUUGCACUCUUCACUUGCUUGAGAGAUAAAUGUGUGUGGUCACCGUAUUGAUAUGUCCUGUGUUUUGUAAUGGGGCUUUCAGUUUAUCUCCAUGUUUUAUAUAUACAAUAUACUGUAUAUAUGUUUGUAUGUUUUUCCAUUCAGAUUUGUUGUCUGAAAAGAAAACAUUGGCAAUAAAUCUGCAUGUGUGACCUGCUUCAUCAUGUUGAGUCACUUUGACCGAGAAACACAUUUUGAGUUUAUGCACUUAAGUGUAAAGGAAAGCCAAUGUUGAGUCAACAUUUAAAUGAUCAUAUCUGGGUGUGGAUUAAAAACAUAACUUUAUAAGCAGAAAUCAGAUUUUUUUUUUUCUAACUUUAGUGCAUAAAACCCUUCUGGGUCAAAAUCACUCAAAAAGAAGGAGCAAAUCACAUCGAUAGUUGUGCUCGGAUAUCAUAAUUUUUUUUUUGUAUUUUUAGUACUGCCCAGAAGAAGCUUCAUUACAGAUAUUUAAGUAUAUUCCAGAAGACAAAAUAAUUAAAAAAUGGUUUUUAACUGGAUAUUUUGUGUAUAUUCAGUUGUUAUUUUGUCUUGUGGAAUAUAUGAAAUAUCUCUUAUGUAAAAUAGUUUCAUCAGCACAGUAAUGAAUAAAAACAAAAUCAAAUAAAAAAAUCAAACAAAAAUUUUUUAUGAUCCCUUUUAUUUUUAAAUGAGCAUCUUGCAGAUUCUUCAGAAGGCAUGUGAACAUAUAAGCAGAACUUUAUAUAUACAAUACUGCUUUUCUAGAGACAUUUUCUGAAGAUCUCUGUAAGCAGUAGAAUUUUGCAGAUGAGCAUUAGAAUUGCCUAAAAAAACAAAGCAAAACAGAAUCAGUACAGUUAUCUGGACAAGUACCUCUGCACUUUGAUGAAUGAGACUGUAACACAAAGCAAGAUUUACCUGUACACAUUGAAAACAAGUAGCAUGUGAUAUGGUUGAAGAAAUGAGAUGAGGUAGCACAAAUGUGUUUUAAGUGAAGAAAUGUACCUUGAUCACAUGUACUUUAUAUUUUUCAGUAAUGAAAAAGGUCUGAUUUUUUAAAUUCAGAAAAUACAACUUACAUAAUGAAACACUUUUUAGAGGGUGACUUUGCCGUUACAGGUUUUUGGGCAUCAGAUUUUCUGAAAGGCUUUUGAGAGUGUUUUCUACUGCAAAUUGAGAUCCCUGAAGCAAUUAUAAAAUGUAUUAACAUACACUGGCAGCCAAAUGUUUGGAAUAAUGUGCAGAUUUUGCUCUUAUGGAAAGAAAUUGGUACUUUUAUUCACCAAAGUGGCAUUCAACUGUUCACAAUGUAUAGUCAGGACAUUAAUAACAUGAAAAAUUACUAUUACAAUUUGAAAAAACUUCUAAAACUACUUCAAAGAGUUCUCAUCAAAAAAUCCUCCAUGUGCAGCAUGACAGCUUUGCAGAUCCUUGGCAUUCUAGCUGUCAGUUUGUCCAGAUACUCAGGUGACAUUUCACUCCACGCUUCCUGUAGCACUUGCCAUAGAUGUGGCUGUCUUGUCGGGCACUUCUCACGCACCUUACAGUCUAGCUGAUCCCACAAAAGCUCAAUGAGGUUAAGAUCCAUAACACUCUUUUCCAAUUAUCUGUUGUCCAAUGUCUGUGUUUCUUUGCCCACUCUAACCUUUUCUUUUUCUGUUUCAAAAGUGGCUUUUUCUUUGCAAUUCUUCCCAUAAGGCCUGCACCCCUGAGUCUUCUCAUUACUGUUGUACAUGAAACUGGUGUUGAGCGGGUAGAAUUCAAUGAAGCUGUCAGUUGAGGACAUGUGAGGCAUUUAUUUCUCAAACUAGAGACUCUGAUGUACUUAUCCUCUUGUUUAGUUGUACAUCUGGGCCUUCCACAUCUCUUUCUGUCCUUGAUAGAGCCAGUUGUCCUUUGUCUUUGAAGACUGUAGUGUACACCUUUGUAUGAAAUCUUCAGUUUUUUUUUUUUUUUUUUUUUGGCAAUUUCAAGCAUCAUAUAGCUUUCAUUCCUCAAAACAAUGAUUGACUGAUGAGUUUCUAGAGAAAGCUAUCAUUUGCCAUUUUUGACCUAAUAUUGACCUUAAGACAUGCCAGUCUAUUGCAUACUGUGGCAACUCAAAAACGAACACAAAGACAAUGUUAAGCUUCAUUUAACGAACGAAAUAGCUUUCAGCAGUGUUUGAUAUAAUGACAAGUGAUUUUCUAGUACCAAAUGAGCAAUUUAACAUGAUUACUCAAGCAUAAGGUGUUGGAGUGAUGGCUGCUGGAAAUGGGGUCUGUCUAGAUUUGAUCAAAAAUGAUUUUUUUCAAAUAGUGAUGGUGCUGUUUUUUACAUCAGUAAAAUGCCACUUUGGUGAAUAAAAGUACCAAUUUCCUUCCGAAACAGCAAAAUCUGUACAUUAUUGGCCACAAGUGUAUAUAUUUUGAUAAGGAUAACAUUUUUUAAAAAUGUGUGAAGACUGUGUUAGUUGAAGCAAUAAAAGGCCCAAUCUGUCAAAGUUGAGCAACUAGUCAUGCACAACAUUUUAGAAUGUACUCUGCAUGUAUUGAUGAUCUACUGUGGAAAAGUCAUACCGUUUUUAGAAGAAUUUCAAUUAUAAACCACACAGUGAAAAAUUCAAAGUAGAACUUCAAUAUACAUAUUAUAAACUAAAUCAGUAUUAUCAGCUGUACACUGUGACUGAAAAUAGAAUUUGGUAUUUAUUUUGAGGAAAAAUCGUCUACGUAAACAUCAAUAAAAUGUCUUUGCAUUUCCAUUUAUAUUUGAUAAGAGUUGACCAGUUACACUGUAAACCAUUUUUACCACAUCAAUACUCUUUAUUGUACAUGUUGUGUAUAUGUUGUUUGUAUCAUAGUUCACAAAUGAAUACAAAUUUUCUAGUGAAUCGUAAUAAACAGUUGCAUUUCUGGUAAAAGAGCGAGUUUGGGACUGGAAAAGUCAUUGGCUAUGAUCGGAAUGGAAUACUAGGAAA